AUGGUACAAGAAACGAGCGCAGGCUUCUUGCUCGCCGAGACUGCACAAGAGCAGGCGAUCAAAACAAUCCAGCGGUGGAUGAAGAAACGAUAUCAGAGGAAAGUUGCAUCAAGCGUGAAGAUCCAAUCAUUCUUCCGGGGAUGCAAAGGCAGAAAACACGUGCAGCAUCUGAAAGACAUGAAAUCGGUCGAUCAUGCACUGAACGACCUUGAAGCAAGGAUGAUGAUCAAAUCGGAAGAAAUCUUCGUGUUGGACACGAUCAAGAUCAACGAGAGCGCGAGAGCGAUGAGAUCAGAGGAGCUAAAGCUCGCAGUGAAUGCAAGCUUCAAAGACAAUGCAAAGAAAACACCAGCGUCUAAGAAAGAGGUCAAGACAAGUGACGAUGAGGACGAGUAA